UUAGCGAAACGCAGCUGCGUCAUCCACAACUAUCCCGAGCACACCCUCAUGCCCAGUGAAAAAUGCACUGCGCUCACACGAGGCAAGGGUAUCCAUGAUCUAUCGCUUCAUGAGCGUGAAGUACUUGCAAAUGCCCUCAAAGACAACUCACUGACCCUUGAACACAUCACCACUGAUCAUGCGCGCCGAAAACUUCUGGGCUUACGCGAGCCGGUCAUCUAUGGUGAAGCUCCAGGAGCUGAGUCGCUUUACUCACGUGGACGUCGCCAAUUCUGCGAUUCUCGCAUUGAUCGGAAAGGU